AUGAUUGGACCAAAACUGCAUGAAAAUGAUUUUCAAUUCUUGAUAAAGAAAUAUUUUCUAAUGGAUAUAUUCUGUUUGUUAACUGGUACAGCAAAUUUUAAUAUGCAAACGUCUCUGCUAUCAAAUGAAGACCCGUUGAAAUGGAAAGAAUGGUCAAUACUGUCACAAAGGUCAUAUUUAACAGAUCCCAGUAAACGGACAGAACAAAGAUUGCUAAGAUUUAAAGAAUUAGAAAAAUUACAUACAACUGAGAAUGAUUUACAGAAUUUACAGCGCCAGUUAGAAGAUUAUAAAAUAAAACUAAAAGAAGCAACUGAUGAAAUUUCCUACUGUAAACGUAUGCUAAAUUUAAGUGAAAGAAGACAAAAUUACCUGCCAAAUAUGUUUCAACAGUUUGAAGAUCAGAAAUCCCAUUUACCCAAAAAGAAAUUCGCCACACAUGCACGUGCAAUAACAUUGUUUAAAAAUGUAGCCAAUAAUCAUAAUAAUAGUGAUAAUUCAAAACCAUUAAAACAAUCACAAUUUACAGAAACAGAAAACAAUGAUAAAACUGUUUAAUAUUGACAGCUUCUCGUAUUAUUUCAUGUUAUCUUUUAUAUUUUAGAAACA